AAGAGGAGCGAGAGAAAGAGCAGCAGAGAAGAGAGAUGGUGCAGGAAAAUGGAAAGAAGAGGUCUGGCAUCAACUUUGCGGCGUCGGUGCAGAAAGCUAACGAGGCCAAGUCUCUGAUCUCUCAGAGAGCUUUUAACCCUCGAGAGGUUUUCCAGCAGAGAGAGCAGAGCAACGAGAAGUUCUCUCCCGCACUCAGACCAGGGAAGCUGCAGAGUACCUUUCUCUCUCAGAAAUCGUCGGGCCGAGUUUCUGCCCCUGUCUCCCCCUCACCUGUCUCUCCACCCUCACCUGUCUCCCCCUUCCCGGCGUACUCCAUGCACCGCCUGUCUCCUGCCUCACCUGUCUCCCCCUCACCUGUCUCCCCCUCACCUGUCUCCUCCUUCCCGGCGUACUCCAUGCACCGCCUGUCUCCUGCUUCACAUCUCCUGUCUCUCUCUCCUGUCUCCCCCUCACCUGUCUCCCCCCCUCCGGAGACAGCAGCAUCACCUGCUCCCGCUGCAGAGGAGGAGGGGGCGUGGUCUGAUGACUUUGAAGAGGAUGCAAAGGAGGCUCCUCCAGCUGAGGAGGAUCUGUACGAGGCUUCAACCCCAGUCCUGGACGAGGACCUUUAUGAAGACCUGACCCUCAUCUCCUCAGCUGAAGUUCCAGAAAGCAACGGACAGGGAGCGUGUGCCAGAGCUCUGUACGACUACCAGGGUGUCGAUGACUCCGAGAUAACCUUUGACCCCGAUGACAUCAUCACGGGGAUCGAGUUUCUGGACGAGGGUUGGUGGAGAGGAUUCGGACCAACCGGACACUAUGGGCUGUUCCCGGCGAAUUACGUGGAGUUAAUCUAGCUGUUCUGCAUGCUAGCUCCCAGACAUCAUUACACUUAAUCAAUACUUACAUAAAUCUGUGGUCAAAUUAAAGGUGUGUCCCUGGAGAAAGGUCCCAUUGUUCUAAAUUACUGGAUUUAAAGACUCAUAAUAAACUCUGUCAAUAUUCAAGAA